UUCUUGCAGCAGACGGUACGGUCCUUUUUAUAGCUUGAUCACAUGCAUAGGAAGUGUUGAGAACUAGAAUGAGAGCUAUCUAUUUUUUGACUGUUGCAGUGGUAGUCGACCGAAGUUUGGGGGACGGCUUUGUACCUACCUAUUCCUAGUACCUGCUUGGUGAGGAAAACGGAUAACUGGAAGUUUUGCUACGACACGACAGGAAAGAUAUCGAUACCCGGUUUGCUACAACACUAUCAAGGAUGACACUGCGUUCAUGGAUUGUCUUAUUGCUAUGGCAACUUGCAGCAUUGAUCUACAUUUUCCCUGGAGGUGCACAUGCAGAAACCUGCAUGCUGGCCUCCUACUACAGCAGUCAUAUGGUUCUUCAGCAGCAACCACACAGUGCUGUCAUAUGGGGCUAUGCUGAUAUCAAGGCUACCAUUGAGGUCAAAGUUCGCGAUAAGAUGUACAAAACUUCAGUUGAAGCUGAGGUGCCCAGUCGAGUUGGAGUGUGGAAGGUCAAACUAGACCCCAUGCUGGCCGGCGGACCUUACGACAUUGUCGUCUUCUGUGAAGCCUUUACAGUGGUCAACUCGGUCAUCUUGGAAGAUGUCAUGUUUGGGGAUGUGUGGGUCUGUAGUGGUCAGAGCAACAUGGCGUUUGCCGUUGACCAGAGUUUUAACGGAUCCAAAGAGUUGAAUGAAUCAGUCAACUAUCCCAACAUCCGAUUGCUAGCCGUCAAGCAGGUCCUGUCAGAGACACCGUACGAUGAUCUGCAUGGAUUGUAUGAACCUUGGUCUAAACCAUCACCAGAAACUUUGGGCAGUAAGGCCCAGAUUUUCAACUACUUUUCCGCCUUGUGUUGGUUCUUCGGUCGCGACUUGUACGACAGUAUGCAGUAUCCUAUUGGUCUGAUCUCAACCAAUUGGGGAGGAACACCGAUUGAGGACUGGUCUUCUCCUGAUGUCUUGAAGAAAUGCAGCGCAACGCAUCGGCCAUUACCAGAGUCGGACGAUAGACUCACUGGCACAAUCAGAGGUCCUCAUGUUGCCAGCGGGUUGUGGAAUUCAAUGAUCCACCCACUGUUAAAUUUCACCAUCAAAGGAGCUAUAUGGUAUCAAGGCGAAGCCAACACAGUAGAUCCAGACCCCUACAAAUGUCUGUUCAACGCCAUGAUUACCGACUGGCGGGAGAAAUGGUACGAAGGAACGCUGAACAGCACGGACAUCAAGUUCCCAUUUGGAUUCAUGCAGUUAUGUACCUCUAAUGUUCCCUCAUCAGAGAUCAUUGGCCCAUACACAACGCUAAGAUGGCACCAGACUUACGACUAUGGCUAUGUUCCUAAUGACGUCAUGCAGAACGUCUUCAUGGCAGUUGGUAUCGAUCUUCCUGAUCUGACGUCACCGUAUGGACCGAUCCAUCCACGUGACAAGGAGGACAUGGGAGUGAGAUUGUCACUAGCUGGCCGAGCCGUAGCUUACAGACAAAACAUCCCCUACGCUGGACCGUUCCCAACAUCUUUCACAGUCAACACAACAACCCUGGCGUUGGACAUUGAGUAUGACAAAGGACAAGCUAACAUUAAACUGGUCGGACAAACGGGAUUUGAGAUCUGCUGCGGUGGCUCGCCUCCAUGCAAAUACUACGAUACAUGGGUACCAGCUAAGAUCACCGGUCAACCGACUCCAUCGUCCAUCAGCUUAUCAUACUACUGCUACCACCGACGUGCCACAGCUGUUCGGUAUUUGUGGAGGGACAUGCCGUGUACUUUCAAGAAUUGCCCCGUUUACAGGGUGGAAAACGAGUUGCCUGGUCCGCCAUUCAUGUUGAAUCUGUGAUUCCUGUUUCUUUCAAAAUCCAACACUUGGUUAUAAUUAACCUAUCGCGGUAGAAUCGCGUCAACGCAGUGAAAUAUUGUCCAAUUACAUGAUAUACAACUGGACGCGGACGCCCAAAAUCUGAGACAAACAAAAGUGAACAUACAAUAUUCCAUAGGGUUGUCUAAGGGGCGUGGCUAACUCGCAAACGGCGAUAGGUCAAUUGAUUUUGAUGACUAUGUAUCAUAGAUCCAUUUCCUAAAAAAAUCAAUCUACUGUAGUGGUGAAUUUGUAACACAUUUUGUAGGGUUUUAAAUCAUAGGAAAUCAUGAUGGAUAAAAUUUGAGCUUUUUUUAAGCAGCUUAUUUUUUAUUUGGUGGAGGGAUUGGUACGAAGUGAGGGCGGGGCAAAUAUUAAAGAGUAAAUGUUUGAAGGAGCUGAUGUAAUGAGCCUAACAAGUGCCUGGGCUCAAUUUCACUGGCUCUGCUUACCGUUAGCGAAAAAUCCCCGCUUACUGUAGCAGAAUAUUCUGUGCUUGCGGUAAGCGUAAUUCCUGGGUUAGCAAGGCAUUUUGGCUUGUGCGCAUGCGUACAUCCCGUAACUAAGGAUUCUGUGCUUACAGGGUUAGCACAGAAUAUUUCUGCUAGCGCAGUAAGCACAAAAUGGUGAUCGUAAACACGGGUUUCUGUGUUUGGCAGAGCCGUGAAAUUGUGCCCCGAUUAUUUCUGGGAAUACUUUAAUUUGUUAUUCCCAGAGAUGUACAUCAUGCAAGCCCUCAUGUGGAGCAGGCAUGAGAGUUUUCAGACUCUAGUCUGGAAGCAGACUUUUUGAAUCUGAGAGAAAACAUUAUCAGCAUAGAACGAUCUUUUCUUGUGAUUUUCAGACUUUUUUGUAAAUUGACCAAACCAUUCCUGAAGGUGCUUAAACAUUCUGUUGCUUUCUAUUGUUUUUACCUUUCUAACUUUCAUUGUUUUAUCUGUAUAACUUUUGGGAAAAAGAGGCUGCUAGAGAUAUGUUUCAUUAAGGGUUACCAUAAUACACCUUUAUCAUGCUGCCACCAUUUCAGUCAUGUUCCCUGUAUCCAAUAACAGUACUGAAUGAUAAUGUUUUUUGUGCAGAAAGGAACCAGACUAUUUUUCCUUCCAGCCUCGCUUUGGUUACGUUGAUUUGAAUGGGAAAAAAAUCAAGAUGGCCGCAACAUGAUAAUGGUCUAUUGCAGCACUGAGGAAGUUUGAUUCAGGUUCUACACGCACCCGUGCAACGCAUUUUGUAUAUGAGGUUAACCAUUGUGUGCGUUUUUACAGCCUGGACACGUGGCCAUUUUCGACCAAUAGAAUUACAGUAUCCAAGCACGCGAUGUGAUAAAAUCAUUGAACUUGCUUAUUAUCAUGUCAUGAAAUGAUUAAAAUUUGUGAAUUUAUAUUGAGUAUAAAGUGGAGCAUGUAUUACGCCCUCUAGUGUGGAUACAUGAAUACAAACCGAUUUUCAUGGUUAUUUAAAAUAUCAACAGAAUUGUGUAAGUACUAGAGACCCUAAUCUUGACACCAAAUUGAUGUAAAAUAAUAUGGUGUUAGUGUUCCUCAGAUAAAUCAAUCUUUUUUUAUCAGUAACACAAACUGAACUGUAUUUCUCUUGGCAAUAUAUUUUUGUAUCAAUUAACUGAGAAUUGUAUUAAAAAUAUUUCAUUGAGAAGGAA